GUGAGUGAGGCGGCGGAUGGGGGCGCUACAGAGUCGCACAGGCCGGGUCCCUGCGAUACAAUCUACCGAGAGAGGGGGGUGAAGGAAAAAAACCAACUGGGUAGGUCGGUCUUUGUUUCUGGCUAGGAGGAAAAACCAAGAGACGCUGCAACCGGUGAGGACUUCAAACAUCACCUUUCACCACUCGUGGGUACUUGCUGCUGCCACACAUUCCCAGUUUCCCCUGAGAGAUGUCCACCCCUGACCCCCCGAUGGGAGGGACACCUCGGCCCGGACCCUCCCCGGGCCCAGGGCCAUCUCCAGGAGGCAUGAUGGGCCCGAGCCCAGGUCCCUCGCCAGGCUCAGCCCACAGCAUGAUGGGGCCCAGCCCAGGACCUCCAGGAUCUGGACACCCCCACCCUCCACAGGGACCCUCAGGAUAUCCUCAGGACAACAUGCACCAGAUGCAUAAACCCAUGGAAGCCAUGCAUGAGAAGGGAAUGCCCGAUGACCCCCGCUAUAGCCAGAUGAAGAACAUGGGCAUGAGACCAGGGGGGCACAGUGGCAUGGGACCCCCUCCAAGCCCAAUGGACCAACAUUCCCAAGGUUACCCCUCUCCAUUGGGAGGCUCGGAGCACGCACCUAGUCCUGUCCCAGCCAACGGCCCUCCCUCUGGCCCUAUGAUGCCCGGAGGUCCCUCUGUCCCCGGGCCUGGCGCUAUGGAGGCUAGUGGGGAUCCUAACCAGGGAAUGGGUCAGCCUAACCGCGGGGGUCCCCAGGGACCAGGCGGACCCGGUGUUGCGGGAGGUGGACCAGGUGGCGCAGGCGGACCCACCCCUUUUAACCAGAACCAGUUGCACCAACUCAGGGCUCAGAUUAUGGCCUACAAGAUGCUGGCACGCAGUCAGCCCUUACCAGAUCACCUGCAGAUGGCCGUGCAGGGGAAGAGGCCCAUGCCAGGGAUGCAGCAACAGCCGAUGCCUAACAUGCCACCUGCUGCUGGACCUGGAGGUGGGCCUGGGGCUGGUCCGGGACCCGCUCAGGCCAACUACAACAGACCACAUGGCAUGGUAGGUCCCAAUAUGGCGCCUCCUGGACCUGCAGGAGUUCCCCCAGGUAUGCAAGGCCAGCCUACCAACGGACCCCCUAAAUCAUGGCCUGAAGGACCAAUGGUGAAUGCUGCUGCCCCAUCCAACACUCCUCAGAAGCUGAUUCCACCUCAACCCACUGGCAGACCCUCUCCCGCUCCUCCCUCUGUGCCCCCCGCUGCCUCCCCAGUAAUGCCCCCUCAGACGCAGUCCCCAGGACAGCCUGCCCAGCCCCCUCCCAUGAUGCUUCACCAGAAGCAGAACCGCAUAACCCCCAUCCAAAAACCCCGCGGGCUGGACCCAGUGGAGAUCCUCCAGGAAAGAGAAUACCGGCUACAGGCUCGUAUUGCUCAUCGUAUCCAAGAGCUGGAGAACCUCCCUGGCUCUCUAGCUGGUGACCUGCGCACCAAAGCCACCAUCGAACUCAAGGCCCUGAGACUGCUUAACUUCCAGAGACAGCUGCGCCAGGAAGUGGUGGUUUGCAUGCGCCGUGACACCGCUUUGGAAACUGCCCUAAACGCUAAGGCGUACAAGCGUAGCAAACGUCAGUCUCUACGUGAAGCCCGCAUCACCGAGAAGCUUGAGAAACAGCAGAAGAUCGAACAGGAGCGUAAACGUCGCCAGAAACACCAGGAAUACCUCAACAGCAUCCUGCAGCACGCCAAGGACUUCAAGGAGUACCACCGCUCCAUCACAGCAAAGAUCCAGAAGGCUACCAAAGCUGUCGCUACCUAUCAUGCCAACACUGAGCGCGAGCAGAAAAAAGAGAACGAGCGCAUUGAAAAGGAGAGAAUGCGGAGGCUGAUGGCUGAAGAUGAAGAAGGCUAUCGUAAACUCAUUGACCAAAAGAAAGAUAAGCGUCUGGCCUACCUGCUACAGCAGACAGACGAGUACGUGGCCAACCUCACCGAGCUGGUGCGAGCCCACAAAGCCGUACAAGCUCUCAAAGAGAAGAAAAAGAAGAAGAAAAAGAAGAAGCCAGAGACUUUGGAUGGUGGUUCUUCCGGCAUGGGACCUGAUGGAGAGCCUUUAGAUGAGACCAGUCAAAUGAGUGACCUGCCGGUGAAGGUCAUCCACAUGGACAGUGGAAAGAUCCUGACUGGGGUUGAGGCACCUAAGGCUGGCCAGCUGGAGGCCUGGCUUGAAAUGAACCCAGGAUAUGAAGUAGCGCCACGUUCAGACAGUGAAGAAAGUGGUUCAGAAGAGGAAGAGGAGGAGGAGGAGGAUGACGAAGAGCCUCAGCCCUCUUCAGCUCCAACGGAGGAGAAGAAGAAGAUUCCUGACCCUGACAGUGAAGAAGUAUCUGAAGUGGAUGUCCAGCACAUCAUCGAACAUGCCAAACAGGAUGUAGAUGAUGAGUACGGCAAUGCAAGUUUCAACCGAGGCCUGCAGUCCUACUACGCUGUGGCUCACGCUGUCACUGAGAAAGUGGACAAACAGUCCACACUGCUGAUUAAUGGGCAGCUCAAGCAAUACCAGAUCAAAGGUUUGGAGUGGCUGGUGUCACUUUACAACAACAACUUGAAUGGCAUCCUGGCUGAUGAGAUGGGUCUAGGAAAAACGAUCCAGACCAUCGCCCUCAUCACUUACCUCAUGGAGUACAAGCGCCUCAACGGGCCCUUCCUCAUCAUUGUACCUCUCUCAACUCUAUCAAACUGGGUCUAUGAGUUUGAUAAGUGGGCGCCAUCUGUCGUGAAAGUCUCCUACAAGGGAUCUCCAGCUGCUCGUCGUGCAUUCGUCCCCAUCUUGCGCAGUGGCAAGUUCAACGUGCUGCUCACCACCUACGAGUACAUCAUCAAAGACAAGCAAGUGCUGGCAAAGCUUCGUUGGAAGUACAUGAUUGUGGAUGAAGGCCAUCGUAUGAAGAACCACCACUGUAAGCUGACCCAGGUCUUGAACACGCACUACUUAGCCCCUCGACGUCUGCUGCUCACAGGCACUCCACUGCAGAACAAGCUGCCUGAGCUCUGGGCCCUGCUCAACUUCCUCCUGCCCACCAUUUUCAAGAGCUGCAGUACGUUCGAACAAUGGUUCAAUGCCCCCUUUGCCAUGACUGGAGAGAAGGUUGACCUGAAUGAAGAAGAGACCAUCCUGAUCAUUCGACGUUUACACAAGGUGCUCAGGCCUUUCCUGCUGCGCCGACUCAAGAAAGAAGUCGAGGCCCAGCUGCCUGAGAAGGUGGAAUAUGUGAUAAAGUGCGACAUGUCGGCCCUACAGAGGGUUUUGUACAGACACAUGCAGGCCAAGGGAGUCUUGCUCACAGAUGGGUCAGAAAAAGACAAGAAGGGUAAAGGUGGCACGAAGACACUGAUGAACACUAUCAUGCAACUGAGAAAGAUUUGCAACCACCCCUACAUGUUCCAGCACAUUGAGGAAUCUUUCUCUGAGCAUCUUGGUUAUUCUGGCGGAAUCGUGAGCGGCCCUGACCUGUACCGCUCCUCUGGGAAGUUCGAGCUGCUGGACCGUAUCCUGCCCAAGCUGAGGGCCACAAACCACAAAGUGCUGCUCUUCUGUCAAAUGACCUCACUCAUGACCAUCAUGGAGGACUACUUUGCCUACCGUAACUUCAAGUACCUACGUCUGGAUGGCAGGGACCGUGCUGCUGCUGAAACAUUCAAUGACCCCGGCUGUGAGUAUUCGUAUUCUGCUAAGUACCAGGCAGGAGGUCUGGGCAUCAACCUGCAGUCUGCUGACAGUAUCAUCUUUGACAGUGACUGGAACCCACAUCAGGACUUGCAGGCACAGGACAGGGCCCACCGUAUCGGUCAGCAGAACGAAGUGCGCGUGCUCCGCCUCUGCACAGUCAACAGUGUAGAGGAAAAAAUUCUGGCAGCAGCCAAGUACAAACUGAACGUGGACCAGAAGGUCAUCCAGGCUGGCAUGUUCGACCAGAAGUCGUCAGGCUAUGAACGGCGGGCCUUCUUACAGGCCAUUCUGGAGCACGAGGAACAGGACGAGGUCGGGGCUCGAGCAGGCUGCCGCUCUAGGGGGGCGUGGGAGGAAGACGAAGUGCCCGAUGACGAGACUGUCAAUCAAAUGAUUGCCAGAAGUGAAGAGGAGUUCGAACAGUUCAUGCGCAUGGAUCUAGACAGACGCCGCGAGGAGGCCAGGAACCCUAAGAGGAAACCUCGUCUGAUGGAGGAGGACGAUAUGCCCAGCUGGAUUUUGAAAGACGACGCUGAGGUUGAGAGGCUAACUUGUGAAGAGGAGGAGGAGAAGAUGUUUGGCAGAGGCUCCCGCCAACGUAAGGAGGUGGACUACAGCGACUCGCUCACUGAGAAACAGUGGCUCAAGGCCAUAGAGGAGGGAAAUCUAGAGGACAUUGAAGAGGAAGUGCGCCACAAGAAGACAACCAGAAAGCGCAAGAGGGACCGUGACCAUGACGGCGGUCCGGCCACACCCAGUUCCAGCAGCGGCCGAGGGCGAGAUAAGGACGAGGAGGUGAAGAAGGCAAAAAAACGUGGUCGCCCGCCUGCUGAGAAGCUCUCUCCCAACCCUCUUUCCCUCACAAAGAAGAUGAAGAAGAUCGUUGAUGCCGUUAUCAAAUAUAAAGAUGGCAGUAAUGGGCGACAGCUGAGUGAAGUCUUCAUACAGCUGCCGUCCCGCAAGGAGCUGCCCGAGUACUAUGAGCUAAUCCGCAAACCAGUGGACUUCAGAAAAAUCAAGGAGAGGAUCCGCAGCCAUAAGUACCGCAGCCUCAACGACCUGGAGAAGGAUGUGAUGCUGCUGUGUCAAAACGCCCAGACUUUCAACCUGGAGGGGUCUCUGAUCUAUGAGGACUCCAUUGUGCUGCAGUCUGUCUUCACCAGCGUGAGACAGAAGAUCGAGAAGGACGAGGAGAGCGAAGGAGAGGAGAGUGAAGAAGAGGAGGAGGAUAGGGUCAAAUGUAACGUGCUUCCAGCAAACAGCGGAACGCGAGCGGGCGCGCUGGUCAGGAGCCCAGACCAUGAUGAUAGCAGGACAGUCCAGAUAAUGUAUCCCCUGGCUGGCAGGAGGGUGAACUCUACAGGAGGAGCCAGGGGAACUGGCUCCGUCGCCUGGAUCUUGUUGCUGGGAGAGGUCGUCGGAACAUUCGUGGGUCGUUUCGUUACAGAGAUUAGGCUCUUCGCGGUGAUGAGUCACUGUCAGUCAAGGGCAAGCCCCCCACCCCCUAGAACAAAAGUGAGCUUCCCUGAAACCCAUGAAACCAAACUCACCCACUCUCUUCUCUGCCUGGCUAUUCUGGAGCAGAAACAUGCUAACUGCAUCCGGAAGAACCUGAUUUGA